AUGGCCUUUGCCUCCCAGCAAGGCCCUGGCUUUGGCGGAGGUCAAGCGGCUAAAGUGCAGCUCGGUCCUGAGCUCCAGGAAAUCCAGACCCAGGAGGUUGGCUUCCUCUCUAUUGCCGGAGACUCGAAAAUUCGCAUAUUCCCCACUCCUUGGCCAAGCGAUUCCCUCCCCCCACCCACUUGCUCUUUGUUGAGCGUCGCAUCUACAAAAGGCCUGCUUGCAGCCGCAGGGCCUGAUGGUCUUGUGAUUGCAAGCACAGAUGCCGUACGAAAAGCAUAUUCCGCAGACCGCACCGGAGACAGUAAUAUCAGGCUAUUUCAACCCCAGCUACAAAUUCCGCUCCCACAGAAGGCUUCGCAUUUAGCUUUUUCCGCCGAUGAGAAUGUACUUGUCGUAGCCGCUGCAGAUGGUAGCGGUUUGAUUGCGUACCAGGUUGCUGCGUUGAUGCAAGGCAACUCACAGCCAGCGCUCACUCUUGCUUUGAACGGCGCGAGGUUGCGCUCGCUGGUUCCCAACCCUACGGCUGCGGAGUUAUUUUCUGCGGUAACUACGGAUGGCGAACUGUUGAUGGCUAAUUUGCAAAGUAAUCAACUUCUCCAGGGCCCAUCGGGUCUCGUUCUGAAAACAGGUGUAAGCUGCAUCUCGUGGAGCAAUAAAGGAAAGCAAUUAGUAGCUGGCCUGGGAGACGGCACUGCGUUCCAAAUGACACCCGCGGGAGAAAUGAAGGCGGAGGUGCCAAGACCCCCAAAUCUCGAUGGAGAUAAGCAUGUUUCUUCUAUCUCGUGGCUCGAGAAUAAUGUAUUUUUCAUUGUUUAUACCCCAACAUCUGCACUGGAUAGCCAACCGGAAUCGUCCUACUACAUCGUAACUCGCCAACCGCCAGAUAGUUACACUUUCCAAAAGCUACCUGAGGCCUGUCCACCAUGGGGCUUGGAGCGCAACCCUGCGUAUCAAUUCAUUGGCCGUCUCAGAGACUUCAAGCCUGACUUGAAAGAUGUUUUAAUCGUGUCUUCGACUGCGUCAACAGAUAUAGCCAUUUUCACCAAAUCUAGCAAGCCGCUGUGUGAGGAAGGGGGCACACCCGUCACUGAUGCAUUCACACUUACCACGAUGUCUGAAGAUUCUAGAAGAGCCGAACUACCCCUGACAGAUGAUUCAGAGAAUACCUCUCCAAUUGGACUUGCAAUUGAUUUAUCAAGUAAAGAUAUAGUUGUAGCUCCUAUCCCGGGGGAAGAGAUACAGGAUUCUGGGUCUCCUCUACCGGAAAUUCUCGUCCUCAACAAUGAUGGCGUGUUGUCUUCCUGGCGAUUCGUGUACUCCGAGUCGAUUCGGCAGAGAGUACCUUUUCAUGGCCUUGUCCAUGCUGGGGGAGCCCAACAAACCCCAAACCAACCAUCACAACAACAGCAAACCCCACUGCCCUCAUCCAUUAUGGCUCCUCAAACUCCCAAUCCAACUUUCGGGCAACCAUCGUUUGGGCAGCCUUCUUUUGGGCAGCCUUCAUUUGGACAGUCGUCAUUUGGAACUCCAGCUCCACAUUUUGGCACCCCUUCAACCUUAGGAAUGAAUCGCCAGCCUCCUUUUGGGACCCCAUCUGCUCUUGGCUCGCAACCUUCUUGGGCCAGUCCUCAAUCGUCUAGCCAGACACCUGCUGUCAGUGGUUUUGGCACCGCUUCUGCGCUGGGCGGUUCGACUACUCCGUCGUUUGGUACCCCAAGUCUGUUAGGUCAACGGACGUAUGGGUUCGGACAGCCUUCUCCCCUGGGUAAAUCUAUUGCUACACCUUCAUUUGGGCAAUCUGGUUUUGGGGGAUUAGGUGCUUCAGCUACCUCCUCUGCUACGACAAGUGGUUUCCCCACUCAACCAUCGAGCGGUUCUGGUGGAGGUUUUAGCUCAUUUGCAUCCGGUGGAGGCUUCGCUGCUGCUGCUAGCUCUACGCAGCCUUCUGGAGAAAGCCCCUUUUCAAAGACUUUUGCUGGUGACAAUCCGUUUGCGAAAGCUGGGCAGCCCGUUUUCGGUAGUGCAGGAAGUCAAGCACCGUCGUCCGCAGCGUCUCAAGCAUCUCCAUUUGGAGGAUUCACUUUAAGCUCAGGAUUUAAACCAGAUACAGCAUCAACUACGAUGGAUGAAGACAAACCAGAAGAAACGAAGGGGGCGUUUUCCUUGGCUAAUCUGAUGAACUUUGAUAAGACGACUGAAACACAACCUGUUGGGCCUGCCAAAAUUUCUCCACCUACCUUCUCUCAAGCGGCUCCAGAGCCGCAAAAAGCUCCAGAUGUGGUUACCCCAACCACAGGCUUAUUUGGUGCACCAUAUCAACCUAAAUCUACACCAGACACUCAGACAAAAGAAUCCUCGUCGGUGUUCGGAAAACCUUCUCUGCCUAUUCCAUCUAAGGAAACUGAGCCUCAGAAAGUUUCCACAGUGAAGAUAACGGACAUAAAGACAGUAGACGAGGUCGACUCAGAUCGCAAACCAUCGACAUCGCUUCCUUCUCUCCCAGAAGAAAGUAGUCUAUCAGAGUCUACGGUCAAAGUCGAGCUACCCAGUGGUAAGGAGGAAUUACCCGUUAAAGUGUCAGAACCCCCACUUCCACCGGAACCAACAAGUAGAACUUCUUAUGCGCCUGGAGAUACAUCAGCUUCUUCGUCAGCCAUAUCUAAAGGUUCAUAUGAUGAAGCGCCAUUACCCCCGGAUUUUAUUCCCUCAAAAAAGUCAGAGCUUCCUAAAGAAGUCCCCACCUCCCUACCCUUGGAAUCUGAGGGAGAAUCAGCGGGCUUUGAAGAUAGUGGCGAAGAUGUCACCGAUGAUAUCAGCCCUGUUGAAGAAACCGUAGAUAAUUGUGUUGAAAGCCUUAAAACGUCACCCGAAAGCUCAUUUGGGGGACCUGGUGACAAAAGUCCGGGUAGUUCGGUUUUCACCAAACCUUCCUCAUCGGUUCGCCCAUUAAGGGACCAAAAACAGCUUUUCGGAGAAAUAACACAGCCGAUUUUUCCAGCUCCCAAAUUGUCAGAUGGCCGCAUACGCCUAACUCCAAGGUCCCCGAGUCCAGUACGAAGGUCUCUUCUUGGGCCCAGCUCAAGGGAUGGGUUGCGAUCUGCCAGCGCGCCUAGCUCACCCGGUCGUGUUUUGGCUCAACGAAAAGUUACUCUGGAGAGUUCAAGGCUCUCAAACCAGAUUGAACUGCCAUCUGACGACGACGACCAUAGUGAAGAUGAAGAAGUUAGUCGCCAAGCUCAACGGUUAGCAUCUGAGACCCAAGAACUGAGCGAGGAUGAAGAAGAUGGGCAACUUCGGGCAGAUCUGGCACGGCCUCUUUCCCCCGCACCAACCUUGGACCCUUUCCUUCCACACGAGGGUUACACUGGGGAGAGUCUGAAGCCGGGAAUACCAGGACAAAUUGAACGACUAUUCCGUGAUAUCAACUCUAUGAUUGACACGUUAGGGAUUAAUUCAAGAUCUCUAUCGUCAUUCUUAUUAUAUCAGCAAACGUCCAAAGAACUCAGCUACCAACGCUGGCUGGAUAUCCUCCUAAGCGAGCACCCCAGUGACAUCUUGGAGGAAAACCUUCUUUUAUCCGAGGUCGAUAAGCUGCGGGAAGGGUUAGAAGCACUUGAUGCCUCUCUCCAGCAACAACAGCUGCAAACAGUUGAGGAAACUCUCGAAAAGUGUCAACGACUCUUCAGCAAAGGUCUCGUCACUCUACGCGGCCAAUGCGCCAGCUUACGACGAAGCAUCGACUCGUAUGUCGAUGUCGUAGCCAUCUCCACAGCCCCCUUAUCUGCUGAACAGGCCACCAUGCAGCACGACUUACGAAAAGCGUCUACAACAGUACAAUCCAAAAUGGCCAACCUGGAGAAAGAGAUUUCCCUCCUCCGCGCCAAGAUCGCCGACUCCUCCAAACCAGACUCGGAAUCUGGCGCCGGCAUCAACGGUUCAGCGAGCCGAAGAUCCAUGGCCCGCCCCACUGUCGAAGCCGUAACAUCAACCAUCGCCACCAUGACCAACAUGGCCGAGAAGAAGAGUGGCGACAUCGACGUCCUCGAAGCGCAGCUGCGCAGACUCGGAAUCGAUGUCUCGAGCGCAGGUUCCGUGCAUUCUCGCAGCCGAGAAGCUUCGCCCUUCCUCACUCCACCGCCGAAACAGCGAGGGGGAAUUUCGCGCGCUGUGCCUGUCCCACCCGGGUCGCGUGGUUCCGUGGAUGGUACCGCCACUGGUUUGAGAAGUGCGUAUCACACGCCCGACUCUGCUAGCAGGUCCCAUGUGCGCUUCCAAUCAAGCUUAAUGGGUAGUGCUGGGAAUAGCAAGAGUUUGCUACAGAGUGUCAGUGGGCCUACGGAGUUGGUGCUCCCGGUGGGGGAUGCGCAGCGGUGGCAGGCUAAGAGGAGACGGAGACUGCAGGUUAUAGGACAUGUACGGGUGGCGUUGAUGGAGAGGAGUAGGAGGGUGAGAGGGAUGGAUGAGAUAUAA